AUGUCAAACGUAAUAAAAACAUUAUCGAUAUGCGCCGGUAUCGCUUCCAUCAAUGUGAUCGCAAGUCAUGUACAAUUAGAAACAGUUUACAAAUGGAAGUACUUCGAUUACGAGUGGGAAAGCGAGAGCCAUAGGGAAGCAGCGAUAGCAUCGGGCGAUUACAACUACACAAAGCCUAUAAUUAUUGACACCGAUCAUGCGAAAGACGGAAGAAUUUUUGUAACUAUUAUAAGAGCCGACGGAGUUCCGUCGAGUUUGAACGUGAUCGGUAAUCGGAGAGGUCCUGGUGGCCCCCUUCUGCAACCGUACCCUAGUUGGGAGUGGACUAAAAGAGGAGACUGCAACGGGAUCACCAGUGUUUAUAGAGUAGCGAUCGAUCCAUGUAAUAGAUUGUGGGUGUUAGACAACGGUAAAAUCGGAUCAGAGGUAAUAUGCUCGGCGCAGUUACUCGUUUUCGAUCUCGCUACGGAUAAGUUGAUCAAAAGAGUGAAGAUACCGAUUGAACUAUCGCAAAAUUCCGAGACAGACGUGGGCCGGCUGGUUACUCCGAUUGUCGAGACACACGGGCCUCAUUGUACAAAUACAACCGUAUACAUGGCGGAUAUCUCAGGAUACGGGCUCGUAAUUUACGACCGCGGCCAAUUAUGGCGACUCGAGUCCAAACUAUUUCGUGCAGAUCCAGCCGUUACGAAUUACACUAUCCUGGGCGAAAGUUUCACACUUCAGGAUGGCAUCCUCGGAAUGGCGAAGCAUCCGGACAUACCCGUCCUCUAUUUCAGAUCUAUGUCUUCCCAUGAUAUGAGCAGUGCGGGGACUACCGAUCUGAAAAACUCGCGACACAAUUCUAAAGUGCGCUAUCACACGAUACCAGAUGUUAUUCCCAGCCAAGCUGCGGCUAUGGCUGUAUCGUCGGAUGGUAUAUUGUUUUUAGGUUUGCCUACAGAACUGUCCUUGGCAUGUUGGAACACCUGCAAACCGCUUAAUAAAGACACCUUGGGUAUCGUGGCCCACGAUCCCAAAAGACUGCAAUUUGUUAGUGGCGUUAAAAUAAUACCAAAAUACAUAACAGGCACAAAUGAAGAAGUUUGGAUAGUGACUGAUCGUUUUCAGAAAAUCAUGGCUGGUACUAUGGAUUUUUCAGACGUGAAUUUUCGUAUUAUGAAAGCGGAUGUCGCUCAGUUGACAGCUGGUACUUUCCUACACGCCAUGACGAGAAAGAAGAGAGGCAUCAAAGGUGUACAAAGGACCGAGUGGUUGUCGUUCCAACAGCUGUGGACGCCGAGGCAAACCAGCCGAUCCAACAAUUAUAUUUACGUUCCGCCUAAUUGUGCUUUCGGGAGUACCAAGGAUGAUUCUAAUUUCAAGCAGCAACGUGAGCUGCGUAACCGUGAAAAACUUCAACCGAGCAAUUUGCCACGCAGAGAUCGAUCCGCAUUGUUACAGCUGUACGCUGUAAAAUUCAAACGAGUUUUGCCUACAAUGUGGCAGCAUUGCAGCAAAAAGAAACACCUGGUGUUGCCUCGUAAAAGUGCAAUUAUAGUGUUUGCCGGGGCGGCUAAAUGGACAGCCUUCCAGAAAACGCUGUCGCAACCAUGA